GGCUGCAAGCGAACCAGAAAUAUUUUGUGAACUGUUAUGAGGAAGGCGAUGUUGCUAUCAUCUUGAAACCCUUGCUGCACCCGCGGCUUAUUAUUAAGCGCUUCGUUAUCGCGAGCAAAUUACAAUGAACCUAGUGCAGACAAAUCUGUUGAGGGAAAUAGCUGCCGAGGUUAAAUCUCAUGGCGGUCCGGUGCAGUUCAAGGCGCAUGCGCUUAAGCAUCUUGAGUUACGGACUGUGCUGAAGGAAAGCCAUGGCUCGCCCAUUGUCGACCUGGCCUUCAACACGAUGGACCCGGAGCACCACAACCUCUUCGCAUCGGUCGGCAAGGAUCAGGCCACCAUCUACGAUGACGCGCACAUGGGGGACUUCCUGGGUGUGGUUGUGCAGCUGGUCAACCAGCCCUCGGAGCACCACAAGGGAGGGGAGCUGAGCUGCUGCGCCUGGGUGCAGAUGAGCGGCCUGUCCCGACACGAGCUGGGGGAUGCAUGUCUGGCGGUCUCCGGUCCCGAGGGAGUUAUCCAGGUGAUCAGUGUGGUGGAGGCGAGGG